AUGAGUGUGUCUUCUCGACCUCGUGGACGGGGAGGUACAUCGUUGCCCUCGGCCAACCUGGCUAUCCGCCAGUACUUCCACGAUGGGCCAAGGAAUACCCCCCUCGCUGAAUGGCAGAGAAAGACAGAGCUGCCGAAAGUCAAUGAAAUAAUGGGAACGGAUCACCCGGGCGAAGAAUUCAACCUCGCUACAAAUAAAAUCCACGGUCCAUGGCCCUCCGCCGAGGUUUAUCUCAGAACCCAUUACAACCUCCUUCGCGAGGAUGCCGUCGCGAAUCUACGUGAUGCGGUUGCCGUUGUUCGUGAACGUCCGGGGGUAACGGACAGCAGGUCUUUUGUUAUCUAUGAGCGGGUCUUUUUCACCCACAUCACCAUGGCCCAUCGAGGAAUGGCCUUUCGAGUUUGCUUCUCCACCAGGCGUGCUGGCAAAAGAAUCCUCUGGCGCUACUCGCCUCGUCUUAUUAGCGGGAAUAUCGUUGCGUUGUCGCCGGCGACUGACAUGUUUUCGAGCAUAUGUGUGAUCGCAGUUGUGGCAGCACGACCGCUUGAAGGUGUCUCAAAAAAUCCUCCGGAGGUUGAUCUUUUCUUCGCCCAUGCAGAGAAUAUGGAUUUUGAUCCUCUCAAGGAGUGGGUUAUGGUUGAAUCUCGGUCAGGAUAUUAUGAAGCACACAGACACACCAUGACUGCUCUGCAAAAGCUGUCGAGGGAAGGCUUCCCUUUGAGCAGACACAUUUGUGGUUUAGAGACAGAGACUGGCGUACCGGAGUACAUUGCAUCGGAGCCGGCCAUGGAUUUCCAAGCUUUUGCGCAGGGCGACUCUCAACAAAAACUACCCUGCAAUGUCAUCACAGAACUAUCAAAGGCUCCGCUGGAACACUUGAAUAUCUACCAGCGAUCUGCGAUGGAGCACAUGUUGUCAAAAGAGUUGGCAAUCGUGCAAGGUCCACCCGGGACGGGCAAGACGUUUGUUUCUGUCACCGUUCUGCGACUCCUCCUAGCCCAGAUGAACCAGGGCGAUCCUCCCAUCAUUGUCGCCACACAUACCAACCAUGCCUUGGAUCAGCUGCUCACCCUCAUCGCGGAGUUCGAGCCAAACUACAUUCGUCUCGGAGGCAGAAGCAGAAACUUCAGGGUCUCUUCUCGAACUCUCUUUGCCAUCAAGGAAAAUCGACCUCAUAUCAGCUUGCAAAAUGGCAUCCUGUCACAAGCUCGGCAACGUCACGCCGCAUUGGUGACCGAUAUCAUCGAGAACACACUCAAGGGAUUUCAUCGGCAGAUUGGUGAUAAAAGUGGCAGUGCAUUUGUCCAUCGUGGUCUGCUGACCCAAGAGCAGCUCAAGAAUCUGGAAGAAGGCAGCAACCAAUGGGUGACUUCUUCUAUGGAGGGUCCCAUCGACCCUUUCAUUGCCUGGCUCGGAGAUCAAGCUGUGAGAUUUGAAGACUUUUGCUCCGAUAAGCAAACCAGCUCUAAGAUUGACGAAUGUCAUCAAGAUUACGAGAUGCUCAUGGAGUUGGAAGCGGAGCAAGCACCGGAUGCUGAUGACUGGGAAUGCUUGUGGGGCAAAACGUUUGACUUCCGCACAAGUUUCCCUGUCCUUGUUCGCAGUUUCAAGCACGUUCCGACUGUGGUCAUUGAAAAAUAUCUCAAGUUUCGGGAUCUAUGGGAGAUACCACGCGAGCACCGUGGUGCUGUUUACAACGAGUUGCACAGGAGACUCGUCAAAACUAUCCGCGAUGAGCUUCGGGAGAAGUUGAAGCUCUACAUGUUUAAUAGCAAGGCUCUCCAGAUUGGGAAACUGGAGUGCGACGAGACUAUCUUGAAGACCGCCAAGCUAAUCGGAAUGACGACUACCGGGCUCAGCAAGUAUCGUGGCCUGGUCUCUGCCUUGAACCCUCGUCUGGUCAUGAUUGAAGAGGCUGCCGAGGCGAUAGAGGCACCUGUUGCCGUUGCUUGCUUUGAAUCUCUUCAACACCUGAUUCUCGUGGGUGAUCAUAAGCAGCUCCAAGGCCGCUGUGCUGUGCAUGAUCUGGAAGGUAGUCCAUACUACCUGGAUGUGUCGAUGUUUGAGCGUCUUGUUCAGAAUGACUUUCCCUUUGUGAUGUUGAAGGAGCAGCGACGAAUGGUUCCUGAAAUCAGGCGACUUCUGAACCCGAUAUAUGACGAUCUUCAAGACCAUGAAUCCGUUGCCAAGUUUGAACCUGUUCCAGGGAUGGGAGAUGUCCGAUCAUUCUUCUGCACUCACAAUUGGCCUGAAGUUGACGAUAGUCUUACGUCAAAGGUCAACGAGAUUGAGGCUCUCAUGGUCUUUGAAUUCUACUGCUAUUUGUGUUCGAAUGGGGUUCCAAGCCGGAAGAUUACCAUUUUGACUUUUUAUAAUGGCCAGCGGAAGAAAAUCCUUAAGAUGUUGAUGGACAAUGAGAACACCAGAUGUCACGAUCCCACAGUGAUCACGGUUGACUCUUACCAAGGCGAAGAGAACGACAUUAUUAUUCUCUCGUUGGUGCGCAGUAGUGACUACCUAUCAGCUGGAAUUGGCUUUCUUGCUGUCGAUAACAGAGUAUGUGUCGCUCUGUCUCGGGCGAGGCGUGGACUUUAUAUCUUCGGCAAUGCCCGGCAUUUGAACGCAAAAAGUGAACUCUGGCGACAAGUUACAUCCAUCAUGAAAGUGGGUGAACGGGGAGAAUCUCGAAUCGGGUAUGGAAUCCCUGUGACUUGCCAACACGGCAAGGUGAUAGCCAUGGAAUACAUUGACAUCUUCAAAACUCCAGGAUCUCUCACUCAAACGUCAUUUGCACCCAGCCAUGCCAGCACGCACAACCUUGCUGCGGCAAACAGUGCUCAGGCCCAUUCAAACCUCCUUGGUCUACCAGCUCCACCAAACUCCCGUGCAUCUACCGAGGAGCCCGAGGCGAGGCUUUUGAUUGACUUGUCAGACGACGAUAGACUCGCUGAUCCCGAUCUGGCUGGGAUGACAAAGAACAUCGCUGAAAACGAUGCCCCAACGACAGCGACACGCACUUCUUCGAACGUUUCUUCUUCACGGACUCCCGGCAACACUCGAGCAGACAAGAAACAACUGGACAAUGAAUCGAAGAUCAGAUGGAAUAUUUUCGAGCGUGAAAGUGCCGAAGUGAGCGAUAGUGCAUUGAAUUCUCUGCCUAGGAAGGCACAAAAACCUCUCGCAACGAAGGUUCACUUAAUGGAUGCAUCGGAGGAAGAAAUGCAGUCGAGCAAGGUGGCAGUCCUCAAGCCUAAUGUGAAGAGAAACCCCGAAAUCAAGGAACAGACCGGAUCAACACCCCAGCCUCCCGGGACUGUUUCAACGAAACACCUGCUGGAUUGA